UACCGGCAGGGCAGGGCAGGGAUGUGGGGCCCUGGUGCUGCGGGGAGCCCGGCAGAGCAUCCACAGGACCGCCCCGGCAUGGGCACGUCCGGAGGGACCAAGGGAGGAGCGACUGAGGGCACUGGUUUGGUUCAGCCUAGAGAAGGCGAUACUGAGGUUAAGCCUCACCGGGGGCUGCAGCCCCUCCCGCGGGGCAGCUUGCGGUCUCUGCUGGCUGAGACAGGGAACCCAGGGAACGGCUGGGGCUGGGCCAGGGCAGCACAGGCUGGAGCUCAGGGCAAGGCUCUUCCCCCAGAGGUGCUGGCACUGCCCAGGCUCAGGCUGGAGCUCAGGGCAAGGCUCUUCCCCCAGAGGUGCUGGCACUGCCCAGGCUCCCCAGGGAAUGGGCACGGCCCCGAGGCUGCCAGAGCUCCAGGAGCGUUUGGACACCAGGGAUGGACAGGGGGGAUUGUUGGGGGGUCUGGGCAGGGACAGGGGCUGCACUGGGUCAUCCUGGGGGGUCCCUCCAGCUGUGGAUAUUCUGUGAUUCGAUGAAAAUCCCUAAACUGCAUCAGAAUCACCCAGAAAGUUUCGCAGUAAAGGCACGAAAAGCUGCUUCUGCUGUCAUAAUUUCUGAAGCGAGAGGGCACGGAGUUAAUGCUCCUCGGGCGGAUUUUUGUGGGGUCUUCCCAUGAAAAAGUGCAAGAGGAGCGGCCGUAUCCCGGUCACGGUGAUGACCCGGGCAUUGCUCAGAAAUCAGGUGCCGGGAGGGCCCGGGGGUUUGUCAUCUCUCAUUUGUCAUCUGUCACCGCAACACGCCUCGCUCCGGCUGCCAGGGAACAGGAGAAAGCAGCUCUGGCGGUGGGACAUUAGCGGGGUGCAAGACUCUCCCCUUGGGCCGUGCAGUGGAGCCGGGGUGUCACAACAGCAGGACUGGGAGCAGCCCCAGGCAGUCCCAUCCCGUCCCCACGGCUAUCGUGAGCAACUCCAGCGAGUUCUGUCCCGUCCUCUUUUCCUCGGAGCAGCCCCAUGGUCCCGUCCCGCGGCGUGCGUUCCAAGCAAGCAUUUGGUGCGGGUUUCCCGUGCCUUUGGGAGUAACCCGUCCUACACCGCCACUGUUGCCAGGUCACGGUCAUUUCAGGAAAUGCAGACAGGAUUUUUUUUCGCUGGCUGACAUCACCAAAUUUUCCAUGCCGGUGUUCCCAGACCAGUGUGGCUGUGCUGGGAAAAGGGCUGUUGCAGUCCAGCGGGUGAAGCGGUGCCAUCCCAGGCGAGCUGUGCCCGUGCCAUUCCCGGUGCCGACGACACACGCGGGGAUGCGCUGUCCCCGGCUCCCCGACAAGGAGCAUUCCGCCCUGAUGGUGCCCGAGCAGCAGCACCUGGCCCCUCGCCAAGGGCUCGGUGUCCCCGAGCCCCUGCCGCGCCCUUCACUUCGACACGCUUCUCUCUGGCCCCGUGUUCGCAGCCAGGCUCCCGGGAGAGUCCGCUUGGCCCCUGUGUCACUGCUCUGUCACUGCGCCGGCUCUGACGGCGAGGAUUUCCCCGGCAGCGGGUGAAUUCCCCGCAGUGAGAGCGCGCCCAUCCCCGCCCCGCCGGCGUAGCAGGCGGUAAAGCCCCCGAGACCCCGCGCCGGAGCCGGGCUAGGGGGGCAGGCAGCCUGGGUGACAAAUCCUGGUGCUGUGACCUUUUGCCGAACAAGUUCCCCUGAGAAAAGCACCUCGCUGUGACCUCAAUGCGGGCUGCAUCGCGCGCUUCCCCUACACAGCAUUUUCCUGCCAUCGCCGUCCUGUCGGCUCCGUCCUGCCGCCGCCCAUCCUUCCCGACCGCUGUGCCCCGAGCCGGCGCCACGGGACACGAGGCGGCCAUGGCACUCUGUGCGCAGUCUCUGGAGAUACAGCCAGAACUUUUCGUUCACAUGGCAGCAGCAAACUCUUCUCCACCUGGUUCUUUGGAUCUAAACCAGCCUGGAUUUGCAAAGGAGAUCCUGGGAACUAAACUGGAGGUGAAAUACCUGUGCUCUGAUUGCAAGAACAUUCUGAGGCGGCCGUUCCAGGCACAGUGUGGCCACCGCUACUGCUCCUACUGCCUGAAGAAAAUCAUCAGUGCUGGACCUCAAAAGUGUGCCAGCUGUAUCCAGGAAGGAAUAUAUGAAGAAGGAAUUUCUAUUUUGGAAACAAGCUCGGCUUUCCCGGACAACGCGGCGCGGCGGGAGGUGGAGAGCCUGCCUGCUGUCUGCAUCAACAGUGGCUGCACCUGGAAGGGAACUAUCAAAGAGUACGAGGCUCAUGAUGAAGUUUGCCCUGAAUUCCCGCUGACUUGUGAAGGCUGUGGGAAGAAGAUUCCCAGGGAGAAGUUUCGGGACCACGUGAAGACGUGUGGCAGAUCCAAAGUGCCCUGCCGGUUCGAGGCUGUGGGCUGUGCUGAGCUGGUGGAAAAUGAAAAGCUCCUGGAACAUGAAAGGAAGUGUUUGGCAGAGCAUCUCUAUAUGCUGCUGAGCUCUGUGCUCAGCCUCAAGACUGGUGCUGGGGACCCGAAACCCCUUCCUGUCCUUUCCUCGUCACAAAACAGCUCCCCAGUGCUGGCAGCAAACUCCCUGUGCUCGGAGUCAGAGCUCUCUCGCUCCCUGGAGCUCUUGGGAAGAUGUGAGGCCCUUGAGAGGAAAACAGUGACCUUUGAGAACAUUGUCUGUGUGCUCAACCGGGAGGUGGAGAGAGUUUCCCUGACAGCUGAAGCCUACAGCCGCCAGCACCAGCUGGACCAGGAGAAAAUUGAAACGCUGAGCAACAAGGUGCGGCAGCUGGAGAGGAGCAUUGGGCUCAAAGACCUGGCCAUGGCUGAGAUGGAGGAGAAGAUCCGCAGCAUGGAGGCUUCCACCUAUGAUGGAGUGUUCAUCUGGAAGAUAACAGAGUUUGCCCGGAAGCGUCAGGAGGCGAUAACAGGCCGCUCUCCUGCCAUCUUUUCUCCAGCUUUCUACACCAGCAAGUACGGCUACAAGAUGUGUCUGCGCGUGUACCUGAACGGGGACGGCACCGGCCGCGGGACCCACCUGUCCUUGUUCUUCGUGGUGAUGAAGGGACCCAACGACGCGCUGCUGCGGUGGCCCUUCAACCAGAAGGUGACCCUGAUGCUCCUGGACCAGAAUAACCGGGAGCACAUCAUCGAUGCCUUCCGCCCCGACGUGACGUCCUCGUCCUUCCAGCGCCCUGUCACGGAGAUGAACAUUGCCAGUGGCUGCCCCCUCUUCUGCCCCGUGUCCGUCAUGGAAGCCAAGAACUCCUACGUGCGGGAUGAUGCCAUCUUUAUUAAAGCCAUCGUUGAUCUCACGGGCCUCUAACCCUUCUGACCUCAGAGUAGUGAGUGUGGAGCCAGCACUGCCCAGGGCAUCUCCCACCUGUGCUGCACUUCAGGUGGGUUUCAGAGCGAGAGAAGGGGGCACAGAGAGGGGAAAAGCCCUUCCUGAAAAGGAACCUUUGCUCUGAGUGGAAACCAGGUGUCUGAUGGGAGCCAUCUCUCAUGAGGAGAGGGUUGGUGGACACUGGCAGGCUGUGGGAUAUGGAAGAUUCCCUGCAGGGACUUGGGUGUCUGAACUGCUGCUGUCUGGACUCCAGUGGAAACCAGUGCAGCUCUUGCUCUACCAGUUUAGCCAGCAUCCACAGCUCUCUGUAGUAAAAUGAUGGUUUGCCCUGACUGAGCUCCACCUCCUGUGGAUUUUGGCUCAGCUAUCUAGGAUUUCCUUCUGAGAUCUUCAUGUUUCUGGAAGCUGUGUGCUGUAGGGUGCUUUGGCUUUGCACUGCUAGUUGCUCCAUGCCUUGGGAGGCAAGGAGGGUGUGUGACAGCUGCAGUGCCAGCUGGGCAAGAGAGACACAGACUGGUUUGAUACUGUGGAUGUGUUAGGAGGAUGCUGAGCCCAGCUGCAGGGCAGGGGAGCCCUGAGCCCAGCCCUCACUGGGUGUGUGAUGGGUGCUGUGUGCUGCAGUGUGGAAUGGGGGUGCUGCUGCCCAGAAGGGACUGUGGGGCAGCACCAGUGAUGCCUGUAGGGAAGAAGUGAAUCUGCUGUGGAGAUUGUCCCUCCUGUGCCAGGAGAGGAGGGUGACACAUAGCUCGGUGAGCACCCUGAGAGCCCCAGGCCCUGCCCACCUCUGCCCUGUGUGCUGAGCAGCACUGGAUGGGGUGGAUGCUGGGCUGGGAGCUUUGCUCACAGGCAAAGGCUCAGGCUCUGAACUGGCUUCACCCCACGGUGGGACAGCUUCACCAGCCUUCCCAGGGCUCCUGCUACUGUCGAGCUCCACGUCCAUCUGCGGCCGUGCUGCUGUGGGCACUGCCACCUCAGGCUGGGGACUCAAAGCUUUGUUGCCUCCUUUGCCUGGGCUUUCCACACCUGUGUCAGCAGCUGAACCAGGAGAUGCUUUGUUGGUGACAGGAGCAGCUGUGAACACCCUGCAGUGAUCACUGUGCCCUGGCUGCCUCCUGUGCUGCUUCUUAGGCAGUGGGGCUGGAACACGGUCACCCUCCCCGAUGGCUGCCAGGGACUGGUCCUCCUCUGCCAGCAGCUCUGGCCAGGUGCCCAGGCCAGGCUGGAUGGCUGUAGAGCCUGCUAGGCCUGUGCUCUGCUCACACCUUGGUUUUGGCACAGCCAUCCUGAGGGGUCCAGAACACUAUAGGGCUCUGUCCUGGAGGGAGCCCUGCAGGGUCUAGCUGAUCCCCACAUGUCCUGGCACUGCCCUGACCUGCCCCUGGGGCUGUUUGUAAUGUCCCUGCUGCUGCCCAGGAACUCAGGGGUGCCCAGUGCCCUGCAGGCUGGGCUGGACCCUGGCCCAAGCUGAACCUCUUGCACCCUUGGCUGCUGUGCUGGCCAGGGGCUCUCCAGACAGGUGCUGGGGUGACCUGUGAGCCCCCUUUGGAAUUGCUGUGUGGAACUUCUUACACCUGUGUGUGCAGGGCCUGGGGACAGACCCAGCCCCUGCUCUUGGGGGAAGGGGACAGAAGCUGGUGACAGCAUGGUCUGAGGUGGGAGAGGGGUGACAGGACCCUUCCCUUUGUGCAAGCCCCCUCCAGCCUGUCCCAAGGGACAGAUCAAGCCUUGUGUUGCUGCUCUCACCCUGUUGCCUUAUGAGGAAAAUCCAGGCUAGCAGAGCCCUGCUCCCAUCUACAGCAGCUCCCCAGGGACGCUUGGAAAAGCCUUACUCUCCUGGAAGGGGGAAGGUCAGCUCUGCUCACAGAAUCGCUGGGAAUUAAGUGUUAUGUAGGGGGGAGUUUGUUCUGUGUUGAUCAGAAUGUCAGCUUGUGGGGUGCUGCCUACAACAGGCCAGGUAGUGCUAGGAGGAAGUGUGGAGACACUGGCUAACUUUGGGGUGUCUGGGCUGCUUUCAUGGUGGGAGCUGGUCCUCCUGCCCCAGCACGUUUGGAAGACUGGUGGGAGAGUUGGUGCUGCAGCAAAGCUCAGGCUGAGCUCUUCAGGGUUACUGCUGGAGGGGAAACAUGGCCUGUCAGUCCCUCCCACCAGGAGCUUUUUCCUCCCCACCCUUCUGGUGCUGCUGAUGCUGUCCAGACCUUUUUUGGCUCUUAGCAGCUCUGGAGCUAGCAGCAGGAAUUGUGCUUAUGUGCUGCAGACAAGGGCUCAGCCCUUUCCUGGGCACAGUUCUGCCAGCCUGGUGGCCACAUGGACAAACACUGGACACAAGCCACUGCUGCAUUUUUGUGAGAUUUUUUUUUCCCUUUUGACCACACAAUCUCAGUCUGGCACUGUGAACUAGGUUUUGUUUUCCUUGAGGGUGUAGUAUGGUCACAAGCACUAAUAAAAGAUGUUUGAACAGCA